GUCAGUUGGCAUUCAACAGUUUUCUAAUGCACUCGUGCGAAUUUAUGCAUCAUUAAAUCGUGAAUGAAAAGGUGUAAUGCAGGAUAUCAAUGAACAUCCUACACAUUUUUCAAGAUUCAAGGUCAAAAUACUCGCCCGUAGCAUUCAUCUUGACGGACUAACCAGAGAUCAUUCAACAGCUGCCCUCCCCAAAGAUGUCAGACGUCCCCCAAUCAUUCCACGAAGUCUAGUCGGUGUUCUUCCGGAAUGCAACCGCCCUCAGCCACAACCAGAUAACCGAAAAAUUCUCAAAAUUCGGUGUGAUAGAGAGCAUCCACCAGACAGGGACAUCGAGAGGCCUCUGUUUCGUGAAAUUCACGACCGAAAGAAGCGCGGAACGAUGUGCAUUAGCCAUGAGGAACGAUCCCACAGUGCAACUACAAGCAUUCGACCCUAACUCUCCCAACCGAGCUUACAAGCUGCGACCUGGGUACAGCCCAGGGAGCUGCACCAAGAAUAAAACAAAUCCUGUGAUAACAGACCUCGAGGCGUCUCCAGAUGAACCAAACAGAAAUGUUUCCAAGGAACCUAGGACGAUCAGAUCAUCGAAUGAACCAUCUUACUAUAGUAUUUUGAGAGCAUUGGAGGAGAAGGGACCAGAGAACAAAGCAGAUAAUUAUCCCAUGAUCAGUUUGGACUACUACGAAGACAUUAUCGAGGCCUCGAUCGAUCACUUCGAGACGAUUCACCCAAAAACUAGAGAGGAAUCAAUAAAAAUACUGUCACACGUAUGCAAGGACAUCCCAGAGAUCGUGAAGAAGGUGACGAUGCUCUCAGAGGAUGAAACUCCUAAACUGGAAAAAUCGUUCUACGUGUUGAAGAGAUCACAAGUGCAGUGGGAGGAUCUCCAAGGAGUUGAUGUUGAGUACGUUCCAGCUGUGGCGAUUGUCGUUGGAAACAUUCCAAUGUCCUGUGGAGUGGAGAUCUUCCUACGGAUGUUCGAGGAGUAUCAGCCUAUCGUCGCCUCCAAGGUGAAGACGACUGCAGAGGGAUUACGUUAUUGUUGGAUUCAUUUUCGGGAAGUUUGCGAUUGCGCGGCUGUUGAACAGCGUUAUGAUGGGGUAGAAGUCGAUGGGAAUUUUUUGGUUGUGCAGGGGGCCAAGAUGUUGAAGGAAGAGUGAAGGCGCAGAAUUGUUAUGUUAGAGACUGAAUCUCAUCAUACAAUUACGAGUAUUCGACCCUAGUUGUACUGCCCAGGAGCUGUACCAAGAAUGAAAUGAAUCUUGUGAUAAAAGACUUCGAGGCGUCUCCAGAUGAACCAAACAGAAAUGAUUCCAAGAAAUUUAGGACGAUCAGAUCAUCGAAUGGACCAUCUUACUCUAGUAUUUUGAGAGCUUUGAAUGAGAAGGAACCAGAGAACGAAGCAGAUAAUUAUCAGAUAAUUAUUCCUUCAGUUUAGACUCCUACGAAGACAUUAUCGAGGCCUCGAUCGAUCACUUCGAGACGAUUCACCCAAAAACUUGAGAAGAAUCAAUAAAAAUGUUGCACCAAUAUUGUAUAAACUAGAAAAAUCGUUCUACGUGUUGAUGAGAUUACAAGUGAAGUGGGAGUGUCUCCAAAAAGUUGACCUAGGGUGGUUAUAUUUAGAGAAUUGAAGACAUUCUUUGUUUCAUAAUUUUUGAAAAUAGGAUUACUGUAUUCUCAGGAGCUCAGAUCUGGCUGUCGUGGUGAAUUCUAUCAAUGUAUUUUUGAAGAAUCAGUCAUUAUUUUUAU